UUUACUGCAACUGCUUGUUAUAAGCAUACAGCUGGCGGGUCGGCAGCCUCGAGGCCAGUCCGCAGCACAAUCAAAAACCUACCUCCUCGGUAGCUGCAACACGCGCACAAGACGAUGCCCUUACAAGGCAGAGCGCCAUGAGGCCCCUUAUCGACAUUCAGCUGCUGUUCUUGUGCUUCCUCAUGCCGCCCGCGGGCAGCUACGCCAUCAAGUACAUCUACGGCGGCCCCCAUGCGGCGGAUUUCACCACCAUGGACCUGUGCCUCAACCUCAUGCUCACACUGCUGGGCUUCGUGCCGGGCCAGCUGCAUGCGGUGUACUUGCUUGCUCGGCACAAGCGCUUGCGCUUGGCCCUGGCAAUGGAGAUGCUGGUGCUGCAGGCUAUGCUGUUACUGGUGGAGGCAGCGGGGUUGCGGCUGUCGGAGCGCGUGGCGGACCGGCUGCAGCGGCAGGCCAGGCCACACGGGCCGCAGCAGGGGCAGGCACAGGGGCAGCAGCACGGCGGGCACCAGGAGGGCCAGGGGCAGGGCGUUGUCAUCCACCAAAACAGCAGUGGCGUCGGUUCCAGGGUGGACGCGGACGACGCUGCUGUGCCUUCUGCUGCAGGUGAUGGCCCCCAUCACGGACAUUUGCCGUAUGACGGCCCAUCCGCCGGGCUCAGCCCACCACCAUCACCCACUUGAGUGAUGUCGUCUCCAGCAGCCAUUAGUUCCGCAACACUCGUCAAUAACAGCCAUUCAGCCAACCCGCGCAUCUGCUUCUUUCUCCCUACCUUCGUUCUCGCCACGAUUGCCGCCACUGCCGUCACCGUAGCUGCUUCUGUCCCGGCAGCAGCAGUAGCAACAUUUAAUUGCUGCUGCCUGCUGGUGGCCACAGCGCUCACAGCCUGGCGCAGCCGCAGCCGGCGGAGGCGGUACACGCACGGAAGUGGCUUGAGCGGCCACGCACCGCCACCCAGCAGCACCCGAUUCUGAUAAGUUGUGGCGGCGUGCCGGGGCCAAGCAAGUGGCGUGCCGGUGCGCCUGGGCGGCGAUAGCAUCAGUAGAUCCGCAUGUUAGGUGGCCCUUACCUAGUGCCCACGUGACUUGGCAGGAUGGGAUGACGCCUAGCUAAUGCGUGUGCCAGCCAUGCAUGUGAUCAACAAGCAUGCAAGAAUCAUUUUGCACGGAAAUGGAAUGGACUGAGCGAGACGAGCCAGGUGCAAUUUAUGUGACCUGCUGCAUACGUAUUGUGGUUGCUAUUGUUGGCGUGGCAAGUCGGGGUGACCUAGGUGAUGACCCGCAGGGGUGGUCCUGAUGUACGGUGGCUGUGGCGUGGCACAAGCGAUACCGUACCCGUACAUGGCGUGGGGAUCAUUUUGGAUGAAGGUACGUACUGCCGCCGUGGUUCGAAUCAAGAUGGUGGGACACUACGCUGUGGUACAAUUUUGCGUGUGGGGGACACGCAUGCAGUGGAACCAGUGCAUCCCUGCUGAUGAGUCCGUGUGGGCCCAGGCAGACCUUACCGUGCUUGUAUGUGGAUUGCCGCCGAUCAAAGAUACACAUGCCUGUGCUUGCUUGCAAGGUAGGUGAGCCCCUGCAGCAGGCUUUCCUGUGCCCAAGUCUCCUUUCAGGGUUAGGGGCAACCUGACGUACACAUGUGCAAAUACCAGCAUUGGAUGGGCUAAGCGCAAUAGGGUCCGCACUGCCGACCAUUAUUGUAGAGCAUUCAUACCAGUUCCAAACCAUAAGAUUCGGAUACCGGUAGAUGAGAUGUAUGCUGCUGCUGGCCAAUCACUGCGAACCGUAGAUAGGGAGAAGAGGGCGUGCCCUCUGCUGUGUUCGACUAAUGAGGAGGAGUACGAGCACCACGUCUUGACGAUGCGGAUACUAUGUGCAGUGGCUUAGACUGGAGUAAAGCAUGCGCAAACAGGAAGGCACGCUGAGGUCCUGCGCACCACCUUGUAACCACACAUACGGUGCGCACUUGGGGCGUAUGUGGUGUGUGGGUAGAACGAACGUGUAUUUUGGCCGCCGUGGCUUUGGCAGUUUGGCUGGCACCGUGGCUCACGAGGGGUUCUUGAUUGACGAAUUCUUAACUCUCCGCUUGCUCACUAAGACGAUUAUUGCCCGGCUGUUACCCUGCUGCCUGCUGCAUGGCGCUGGGCGGUGGGGCGUUUUGUGCGGAAGGCGCGUGAGCAGUUGUGUUUAUUGUGGCACCUUCACAUACAAGC